AAGAAGUUCUCCUUGCUUAAACAUAUUGAGUACCAAAACGACAUUCUAAUUUUAGAGUAUGUGUAACUAAUAAUUUUUGAUUUACAUGAACUAUUUUUGUAGAUUCUGUAAGUACUACUUAAAAUUUAAAAUGUGCAGAGACUCAUAAAUCUACAGUUUCCAAGAUUAAGUUUUUAUUCCAGCAGCUCUGCUGCAGAUCUGCCACCAGCAGCGGACUUGCUGCCAGAGACCGCCGCGACGCACAGCCUGUCUGCGGCGCAUCUGCAGACAGUGUUUCCCGAUAGCGAAAGGCGUCGACUGUGAAGAGUACUUAAGAGAUCGAAAAGUCAAUCGCGAUUUACAAGUUGGUGCCCUCAUAUUUACAGAAUAAGUAUAAGUGAAUUUUAAGAAAUAAACAGUCCGACGGAACGGUGUAAAUGUAUCUAUUAAAUAUUAACAAACUACAAAAUCGUCUCCACAGGUAGUACCUACACGAUUUUACUUUGAAGUUUGAGGUUCAUUUCCUGUUCUGACGGUUAAGCUUCCGUUUGAGCGGGCUUUGACCGGAGGUUAAUCUCUAGAAGGCGCGCACCGAGUUUUACCCAGAGAUAGUGUUCCUCACCGGUACCGACAGAAAACGACAGAGAAGACCUGCAGACCUGUCUUUUGUGCUUCUGGUUCUAAGUCAUCAACGCCCAAGGAUACAAUUGUAAACCAAUCUGUUGGAGCAUCCUCAUCCUCCUUGGCAAAUUUAAAACCGAAUCUUAGACUACCCCACUGGAAUAUCUUCUUCUAGUUUUGCUAGGUAGCUGCUCCUAAUAUGACUUGGAACUAAGGAUUGCUGCUGUUGACUCCGAAGAGGUUCCUACAAGUGAGACAGAAUUGAGACUACUCAUUGUGCAAUGGCAGCUGAACCUUCAGAAAUGAUCCUCCGUGUCAUUGAGGCAGACCGUGUUAUAAAAUUAAAACUCAGCUCCCGGCCUAGCUCUGUUGACCAACUAAUCAACAUUUUGAAACACAAACUAGAAUUGGACAAUGACUUUAGCUUACACUAUGAAGAUCCAGAUUUUGAUGGGAAACUCACUUCACUAGUGGACAUUAACGAGUUGCCACAAAAAGCUGUUGUGCAUAUUUCCCUUUCAAAUGAUUCCAGCUCUGUUGCAUCAGCUGAAACACUCUCAGACAUGUCAACACCGGAACGUCUUAGCAGAUGGCCUUCAGGUCCUUUUCCGAUUCCAUCAUUUUCAUUUGUUGUUGAGGUAAUGCUUACAGAAGGCAAUAGGGAAUUUGAGAAAAAUGGAACCCCUCUUCGGCUGGCUAGAGACCAAAAGCAUGACAUUCUUGAGCAACUUGCUUCUACGAUAUAUGGUUUUAAGGCUUACCCAAGUGACAAAGAGUUAGCUAAGGCAGCUGAAGCUCUUGUGGCCAAACAUCCAUGUUUGAAGGAAGCAGGAUCUGACACUGGAUGGAAUGGCUGGAAAAACAGCAUCAAGUUUAAAAUGGGUAACUACAGGACCAAGAUGAGAAGGGUCGGCUGUAAAGAGGUCACCGUAAAUGCUGGAAAAAGAAGCCGAAGAAACCCUGACAAUGAACCUUCACACACUAACAUCAAAAGACCCAAGCGGGCAGAAGUUAACUUUCUGCCAAACUUUCCCCAAGGAGAAGAUUCCUCAAGUCUCGAACAUUUGAGGGAUCUUAUUGUUGAAGAAGUAAAGAAGACUGAAAGAAACCUUCCUCUCAUUAGUAAGAUGAUGCAGACCACAUUCGCCUUGCGGCGACAGACAAUAGUGAUGUCCUGCCCACCAGUGAAACAGCUCUUGGACCUGUGGCCUGCUCUUUGCAUGCAGUCUGAGGUAAUAUGGAUUGAUUUUUCACCUGUUCUGCUUUGCCAAUAA